ACCGUGAAUGUCCAACCCCGUGAUCCAAGGUUUAGUCAGUAUGUAGCAGGAAACUCCACAGGAGGAAAAGCUGCAAGACAGAAUGAAGCCUAAAUCUCUUCUGGAGACAUGGGAUGACGAUCAGAACGAGAACAGAUAUCACCGAUAUGUUUUAUCCAGGAAAUAUGAGACUUUAGAGGAGAUCGAAUGCCAGGAAAAAGCCAAGGAGGAGAAGAAAGCAAAAAAGAAAGCAAAGUACAAGAAAUAUAAAAAGAAUGUAAGGAAAGCUCUGCGCUACAGCUGGAAGUGUCUGUUGUUGGGACUUCAGAACUUCACUGUGGGAUAUUGCACACCCAACAUUCUUGCUGCAUCCAUCCCUGAGUUAUGACCAAGCUCAGACAAGAGGAGAGCAAAUCAUUUAUGAGAAGUCAGCCGGCCCGAAGAGACGAUUCGGUGUCCUGGGUGGCAUUGAGACUCUUGUUUUUAGGAUCUAUUUGGAAAAUUGGAGCAAAAUAACAAUGGUUCAGUUUUUAAAAACCUGGAACAUCCAGAUAAUAAUAAAGGCACAGGAAGAAUUGCAUAAAGUUUUAAUAUCUCAUUAGAUGUGACUUUUAAUUGUGAUUCCUUUUCAGUUGUGUUUUAUUUUUGGUAUCGAUUUGUCGGGAAUUAUAUUUCUAAAAUUGCUUAGUUGAAAUAUAAUAAGCAUUAAAUUAAAUUUUAACAUGUAUUUUUUUUUCUGAGAUUAAAGUAAGAUUUUGCUCGACUUUGGCAGGAUUUAAACACGCACAUUUUUAAUCAUAAACCACUUUAUUAUUGUGCCACUUAGCAAAUUGUUUCUAGUCAAUUCUGUCUAUUUGUUUCUGGUUCGUUCAUCAACUCCGCUCGAAUUGUUUAGCAACACAUUGUUCAGCAGAUCAUAACAGGAUGUUCUUGCAAAGACCAGAAACGCCGGGUCAAGUAUCAUAAAGUUCAGAGACUAUUUUCAUUACUGCCAUGAAUUCCCCUUUGGUGAUUCACUCGUUCCCUAUUUUUUAGUACUUUGUGUGAUCAUUGUCACCCAUUAAAGGAAUCUUUAAUAUUCGAUUAAUUAAAGAUUUUUGAGCCCAAAAAAAAAUGUAAAAAAUGGAGAAAGUGUUUAUUAUCUGAAAGGGUGCAGGCUGCAUAUUGACACGUACUCUGUAUUGUACUUGAUAACAGUCUGUAUAUCUGUGCAUUUUUAUUUCUUUUUUUACAUUUAAUAUCAGAUUGUAAACUAUUAAACAAAUGAGCUCAUUAGACAUUUUGUCCAGGAUUCAGAAAAUGUAGCUUUGAACACUGUGUUAGAUAGAAUUUGUAUAUUUACUGCUAGAGAAUUAAAUACUAUAAAACAAUCCUAUAAUAAAUACUGUGUAAUAAUAAUAA